CGACCGCCCCUGUGGCUGUCCGCCUGGCAUUGCGUGGGAUACAGAGCCUUAGAGGAACGGUUCGCCUUGAGUCGAGACAGGCAGCCUUCGGGGGUCAGCGCUAGUUGACCUCUCUCAUCAGCCCUCACCCACCUGUCAUGUAUCCAGAGACUCCUGGGGAGGAGGCUGGAGAGCAGACUUGGGGAGGGGAAGGGGUGCCGCUGUUCUUCUGGAGGCGGGCGUCUUCCACAAUAGCGAAUGCUUCAAGUAUGUGUGUAUUUGAGAAAAGUCUGGGAAGGGUGAUCUUGAGAACGGCGUGCCUGUUCGGAGCUGCUUGAACUUUUCUUUAUUUCUCGGAGACUCUUUAUGUCCUGAACGCCGGUCGUCAAGGAAGACUCUUCGUGAGUGAUCCUCGGAUUGUCCAACAGGUUGAGGGAAAACUGGCAAGAAAAACGGGCAAGAGCCUGACACAUAUGUUACUGAGAAAAAUCCAGAUUCGACAAGGAUACUAGCUCCUCCGAUGACAGGUUGCAGCCAUGCAGCACAUUGUGGCCGUGCCCCAUGGACUGGUACGGAGAAGCUUCCUUGGAACGGACCUCCUCAUGACAAGGACUCUGUGCAGUCCAGGUCCCAGCCAGCCCAGAGAAAAGCGACCAGAGGCUGCGGCCUUAGGGCUGUAUCACCGCCUCCCGGCAUUGGGAAGAGCCUUGGGCCACAGCAUUCAGCAGCAAGUGGCCUCCACAGCCAAGGCUUGGUGGGAGCGAUAUGAAGAGUUUGUGGGACUCAAUGAAGUUCGAGAGGCCCAGGGGAAUGUAACCGAGGCAGAGAAAGUGUUCAUGGUGGCUCGUGGUCUUGUGCGAGAGGCUCGGGAGAAUUUAGAGGCUCAGCAGACUAGGCUGAAGGAAGUGAGGGACCGCUUGGACCGCGUCUCCAGGGAGGACAACCAGUACCUGGAGCUGGCCACUCUGGAACACAGGAUGUUGCAGGAAGAGAAGAGGCUCCGAGCAGCCUAUCUGCGUGCAGAAGACUCAGAGCGGGAGAAGUUCUCUCUCUUCUCCGCAGCUGUGCGGGAGAGUCACGAGAAGGAGCGCACAAGGGCUGAGAGGACUAAGAACUGGUCCCUCAUUGGGUCAGUCCUGGGAGCUCUGAUCGGUGUGGCUGGCUCCACCUACGUUAACCGUGUCCGGCUACAAGAGCUGAAGGCCUUACUCCUGGAGGCACAGAAAGGGCCUGUGAGUCUCCAGGAGGCCAUCCGCGAACAGGCUUCCAGCUACUCCCUCCAGCAGAGAGAUCUCAAGGACCUCAUGGUGGAUCUGAGGGGCCUGGUGCAUGCUGGGCAGGGCCAGGGCUCUGGGUCACCAACAGGUACUUCUUCUACCGGAGGAAGAGACAUAGAUGCCCUUUCAGCCGCCAUGGAAGAGCAGCUCAGUCAUUCCCAGCAGGUCCAGUCCUGCCUGGAGGGUUUCCGAGAGCGGCUUGAUGGCCUGGAAAAGACUUGCCGCCAAAUGGCUGGGAUGGUUCAGCUUGUAAAGGCUACAGGCCCAGUGGAGCCCGCAGGUGGGGCCCUGCCCAGCUCUUUGCUGGAACAAGGCAGCAUGAUCUUGGCCCUGUCUGAUAUGGAGCAGAGGCUAGAAGCCCAAGUCAACAGGAAUAGUAUCUGCAGCACACUGGUCACCUGUGUGACAUUUAUGGUCACGUUGCCCGUGCUCUACAUGCUGUUCAAGACCAGUUAGUCCUGGGGUCCUUCUUCAGAGGGGCCUGAGGGUGAAUGUGGCUUUUGUUGGUGAUUUGAUAAAUCUUGAGUUACAUAUAACCUCAGACUGAAUACCAUCUGAGGGGCUCACUGGCAGGUAUAUUUUAUUUUGUAAGUAAUGCUUAUUUACAUUAAUUAUCAAAACUUUACAAAUGUCCAAUUAAACUAUCUAAGAAUUUGUAUUAUUUGAAA